AUGGAGGGCGGCGGCGCCCAAGAGGACGAGGCAAAGGAACAAGUGGAGCUUGUGGAGCAGGGAGGAGAAGGUGGACGUGACGCAGACGCUGAGUGCGAGGAGAAAGAAGAAGAAGAAGAAGAGAAAGAAGAGAAAGAAGAAGAGAAUGAAGAGCACGAGAUCGUGGAGCUGGACGGGGACGAGGAGCAGCAAGAUCAGCACCAGGAGGAGGAGCACAAGCAGGAAGAGAGCGAGGACGACGAGGUGCAGUUCGUCUGCAGUGUGGAGGGCUCCAAUGGGCACCACAACGAGGAGAAGGAGGAGAAGCACGGGGAGGAGGAAGAAGAUGCGGACGUUGUGGUGCUGGAGAGCGGUGAGUCGACCGGCCAAAUCGCCAAUGGCGAGCGUUCCACAGCCAACAUGAACGCGCUCAUGGCGGCCAAUGGAUUCGUGACACCGGCGACGCUGGAGGCGGAGCUCCAGUGCAUCAUCUGCCAGUACGCCAUGUUUAAGCCAGUGACUGCGAUCUGCGGACACUCGUUCUGCCGCGUGUGCCUUAUGGACUCGUUCUUGACGCGCUCGAUUGAGGAGGCGCAGUGCCCCAUUUGCCGCGUCGAAAUCUUGCAACCAUUUGUUGCCAACGCCUCGCUAGCUUCGAUGUUUCCGAUCAACGUCACACUGUGGAAUCUGGUUCAACUCCUUAUCCCAUCGGUCGCCGAGAGAAUUUCUUCGUACGAACAGGAGGAGGAAGAGGAUUUUACUCGCAAACUGGAUCAACUCGAUACCAAGUGGAAGGUAUUCAAUCUGGAUGAGCAGGCUGCCAGGUAUCAUGGUGACCAUGACGAGGACGACGCGAAUUCUUCAGGACGGUGGGAGGAGGAUCACGAAGGGCACGAUGAGUACCCCGUGCUGAAAGUCGAAGACUCGGAAGACGGUAAUCUACACGUCUCGAGGAAUAUUGUGCUGGACACGAACGAUGAAAACGAAGAUGGCUAUGUGAAUAUGCGCGUCGGGAUGGCGAUCGUGGAGUUCCCCAGCGUUUUUGAGCUUUACAAUGAACACCAGGAGUGCUCCGUGAACGUCAUCAAGAUGGAGGAGGACGAGGAAAUGGCGGACGGGAUGCCGUUUUUCAUGAAUGAAGACGGAGAUGACGAUGGAUUCGUGUGCGGCUCGUAUUACAACGAAAUCACUCUCCGCGUCUGCGACGAAGGGGGAAACUGCGUGAUGGAACGAACUCGUGGCGCCAGAGGCGGAGUUGUGAUUUUUCCGGGCUUGCGCCUAGACGUUCCGGGUGGCGUGUAUACUUUCCGCUUUUCUGACGACUUGUACGGCCUUAAGUUGAGCAUUACUACGCAUCUGCGCGAGCCACACGAGAUUUCGGACACUCCCGUGGCCGACUAUGUUAGCCUCAUCAACGACGAGGCAAGAAAUGCUAAUCGCCGCAAUCAUAGACACCAUCAUGAUAGCGACAACGAGGACGACUACGACGAAGAAAACGAGUCAGACGACUCGUUUAUUGUCGAUGAUAUAAACGGCGCGGCGCAUAACGAGGAACCUGUUGGCCGUUUUUCCGAUGACGAAGAGAGCCACUGGGAUUAUUACAGUGACGAUGAAGCCGCAGAUGAGGAGAGAGAGCAGCAAAAUCAGGAAGAAGACGGGUUAUCAGAUGAGGAAGGUGAACAGGGACACGAUGAGACCGAACACGCGGACGAACACGAGGAGGACGAUCAUGAGGAAGAAGAAGUGCAGCGCGGACGACGCAAUGUUCGAGUUGUGGAAGAAGCGGCAUUUUCUUCGGAUGAAGAAGGAGAGCAAGACGGCCAUGAUGCUGAAGACGAUGGUUAUAAAGAGGAGGAGGAACACAAUGAGUCGCACGAGGUUGUUCGGCCGCGUCGGCGAAAUGCAAACCACAUUCUUGACAGUGAAGACGACGACGAAGGCGCACAGGAUGAAGACGAGCAAAAGGAGGACGACGUAAGUGAUGGCGGAGAAGGCGAACACGAUGAAAAUGAUGGAGAAAACGAGGAAGACGAUGAUGAGCAUGGUGCUGCGAUAAAGGAGGAAGAGGGUGAAGAUGACGAAGCAAUAGCUCGCAACCGCUCUAGAAAAAUGAGUCGAGCCCAAUGGUUCCAGGAAGACGAGUCGGACGAAGGAAACCCGCCGACGUCAGACGUAGCAUCUUCGCGCGAGAGGGAAGACGAAGUGCCUGAGAGACCUCGGAAGCGAGCGCGAGGGCGGGACAGACAGGUGCGAGUCAUCGACGAAGGCGAAAGUGACGAGGAGCAGGAACAAAUCGAGCGCUCGAUCGUGGCUGCCAACUCCUUGCAUGGACAUGACCACGAGGAAAAUGCCGAUGAGGAUGGCGGCAAUGACUCGCAGUUCCGGCGCGUGCACCAGUUUUACGAUGAAGAGACUGAUGAGCGUCACGCCUAUGAAGACGCACAGCAGGAUGAAGAAGAUGCUCCGGAUUACCCGGACGAAGAAGAGGAACAGUACCAGGAAGAAGACUACUAUUCAGAGUAA